CAAAUUUUGGUGCUUGUGGGGGCACAAUUGGUAACUCAUGGUUUCUUUGUUACAUUGUGGGCCUUUAAUUAAUUAAUUGGGGGGUAAUUGCAAAUGCGAGUAGUGAUUUUCAUGGGUUGGUAUCCCGUUCGUUGACAUUUGAGACUAGUGGUGACAAGUUGUCAAAUAAUAUUUUCUUAAAUAAUUAUUAUUUUCGCACAUAAUGGACAGUUACGAGAGUGUUAUAUUGGUGAAACCGGAAGUAUUUGUGUUUAAUAUCCCCCCCCGAACGUCCAAUCGGGGCUACAGAGCCGCUGAUUGGAACCUCGCCGAGCCCACAUGGACGGGUCGCAUGCGUCUCAUUUCCAAAGGCGAGGAAUGCGCCCUCAAACUCGAAGACAAAAACAGUGGGGAACUUUUCGCCAAAUGCCCCAUUGAGACAUAUCCAGGCAUAGCAAUCGAACCCGUGACUGACUCCUCCCGGUAUUUCGUGCUCCGCAUCCAGGACGACAACGGCCGGACCGCCUUCAUAGGAAUCGGCUUUGGGGACCGCUCGGACUCCUUUGACUUGAAUGUGGCGCUCCAAGACCACUUCAAAUGGCUCAAAAAGGAGAAACAGAUCAGCGAGGAGCCCGACAAGCCGGCCCUGGACUUGGGCUUCAAGGAGGGCGAGACGAUCAAAAUCAACAUGAAAAUUACGAAAAAAGAUGGGGCGGAGGGGAGCGGACGCUCGAAGCUCAAAUCGGGGGAUGGGCCAGGAUUGGGGCUCCUCCCGCCGCCCCCUAGCGGGAAACUGCCAGCGCCUCCAGGAAGCUCACCGGCGGGGUCCCCGGCACAUGCACCCAAAGUCGACAACUCGGGGGGCGAGUCCUGGGGCGAAUUCGCAUCAGCGAGGGCCGCAUCUCCAGUUCCUCCAACCACAAAUAGUAAUUGGGUACAAUUUUAAUUAGUGUUAGUUGUUGUACUUUAGAAUAUCUAUUCUCAAGUAGUGAAUCUAGUUUGUUUGGUAACAUGUGUGAUUCACUGCAAUAAUAUCAUGAAAAAAUAAGGAAAAACAUUAUUUUUAUUGCAGAUUUAUUGUACUAUAUUGUAUAUGACGUGAAUCGAGAUUUAUUGUUCAGAAUAUAAUAUAUUGUGCUUAAAUAUUAUAGUAUUUAUAAAAGUUAGAAAUUAGUUAAUCGAUGAGCAUUUUUAUUAACUGUUUCUUUUGUCUUAAUUGUUAAUUCUAUUGCACAUUCCAUAUAUUUACUUUGUAUUAAUAAAAAAAUAUGACAUAUAACACUGGA